ACAAACUAGCGUAAACAUAUGUACAUAUCUGUGUAAACGCAUGUAAAGGCGAACGCGACGAAUAUCCUGGAUUUCCACGACACUCGAGGGUGUCGCGGCAACCAACAGCACGCGAAUCGCUGGGGCAACCCACCAUGGACGACUUUAUAAAGACGCUGAUUGCCGAGGUCAAGUCCCAGGGCGUCUUCGAUGAAUUCCGCUUCAAUUGCUGCCUGGCGGACGUGGACACGAAGCCCGCGUACCAGAACGUACGCACUCGGGUGGAGACGGCGGUCAACGAUUUCCUGGCCAAGCAGCACUGGACGCCCGAGACCAACAAGGUGCAGCUGCGGGAGCGGCUGCGCAAGCACCUGCUAGAAACCGAUGUCCUGGACAAGGGAGUGGACCAAAUCGUGGACCAGGUGGUCAACCCGAAGGUGGCCACCAUAUUCGAGCCAAAGAUCGAGAGCAUCGUCUACAAGUACCUGGGCAUCACACCGCCGCCGCCGCUGCCCUCGAGAUCCGCCAUGCUGCCCGCUCCGCCCUUGCCGCCAUUUGCUGGCCACAUGAACGGCGGCGGCGGCAGCAGCCUGCUCAACGUGGAGACCACCGCCGGCCUCCUGCCCACCGACCUGGAGCAGAUCAGUCCGGACUCCGACCGGGCCACCGUCAAGUCGGAGCUGAAGGACGAGGAACUGCCGCCCGGCGUGGACGACGAGGACACCUCGCCGUCGUACGAGGAGAAGCGCCUGGCCAGCAAGGAGGAGCCGAGCAACGGCUCGCUGAACAACUCGGAUUCGGUGAACGGCGCCUCGCAAGCGUCGCAGCUCUCGCAGGUGUCCAGCGACAGCCGCCUGACCAUCGCCUCCUCCACGGAAUCGGUGGCCGAUGCCCAGCAGCCUGGGCUCAGCGGGGAGCCAGCCAACAUUUCCGAGGAGGCCCAGAUGCCAAAGUUCAGCGAAAACUCCAGCGACACAAGUGGAGCAACUGGAGCAGCGGAGAACGGAAGUCGCCAGCUGCACUUUGACAUCAAGCAGGAUGCCAUUACCUUCGAGGGUACUGAGCGAAAGAACUCGGUGUCCGAGGACACCAACGGUGGCCCACAGAUCCUCUCCAUCGAAGAUGCCAUCAUGUCGGAGGUGAAGGCGAACAUAGACGAUGCCAACAAUGCCAGCAUCGAGUCUAUAGUGGAACCAGAAACCGUGCACCCGCCAUCCCCGCCCAAAGAAGAGCCUCCUCCGCCGCCGCCGCCACCAAACGUUGAGCCCCCUCCUGCGCCCCAACUCCCAGUUGAGCCGCCUCCGCCGCCAGAACCAUCUAAAGAUGUGCCACCGCCUCCUCCAGAUGCAUCUACAGUUGAUCCACCUCCUCCGCCAGCCCAGCCAUCAGUUGAGAAGCCUCCAGAGAACAGUAAUGGAUCUAUUUCAGAGGCGGUUUUGGUUGCGACACCCAAGGAGACUGAGAAUUCAGAUGUAGAGCUGAAUAGGGAAGCCCAUCUCCCCGAAAAAUCUGAAGUCAAGGAAGAUAAACCCCCAGAGCUUGCCCCGCCACAAGAAGUUGAAACCCACAAAGAGGAGGUAACCAAAUCGUGUGAGUCCACAGUGUCGCCCACAUCUGUGUCCUUGCAAUCCAAAAGCAACUCAAAGUCCAAGGACAAAGAGAAGGAGAAGGAGCGACGGCAUCACAGCCACUCAGAUGAUAAGCAGCGUCGCAGGAGCAAGGAUCGCGAUCGAGACCGAGACCGCGAUCGCAGUCGUGACAAAUCGCACACAAAACAUUCCUCGAGUUCCAGCUCGAAGCACUCCUCAUCGCACUCCUCCAGUUCGAAGCACAGAAGCAGUAGCUCCAAGAACGACAAGAGCUCCUCAAGCUCAUCCAGCCGAAGUAAUCGCGACUCAUCUUCAUCCAAGCGUUCGGCUAAUACAUCAUCCUCAUCCUCUCGCCACGAAUCCUCCUCGCAUAAGAAACACAAGUCCAGUUCAUCUUCAUCACGAUCGGAUCGAGAUAAAGACAAGGAUAAGGAUAAGGACAAGGAAAAGGAGAGCCACAGUCGCAGCCACCACAGCAGCAGUAGUUCUUCCUCGUCGUCAAAGAGGAAAGACCACGACAGGGGCCGCGAUCGGGAACGCAACAAAUCCAGUUCAUCCGGAAGUGCGGAGACUAAAGCGAUCCUCGACGAUCACAACGAGAGCAAAGCCAAGUUGAACCAGCGCCGCAGCUCGGAUUCCAAUGAUGAGGGCAAGCCUCCUAGUUCCGGAGGUCCGGCAAAGAUUUCCCAGCCCGAUAUUACCGCCGCUCCGGAGAAAGCUGAUGCGGCGGUAGAGAAUGGCAAUGGCACGAAUGGAAACUCCAACGGCAGCAGCAAUGGUGGGUGCGACGGUGCAGCAAGUGCCAGCAGCGUUGUUAUUGUCAGCGACAUCCUCCAGCAAUCGUCGACCAGUUUUAUUCAACUGACUGCCGGUUCCCAGUCACAGAAGGUAGUGGAGAACAGUCAGCCUGAAGUUCAGCCGGAGAAUCAGCCGGAAAAGCCAGAAUCGGAGGCAAAACAAGAGGAGGCUGCCUUACAAGAUGAGGCGUCAAGUGAAGAACUUCAAGAAGCGGACAAAGUUGAAUCCGUACCUGAUUCCCCUGUCGAGGAGGAAAGCAAAGAAAGCGAUGUACAAGAAACUGAACCAGUGCAGACCAAGGAAGAUGAACAGCCGCUGGCUGAGGAGAGCAUACCCGAGAGCCCUGUAAAAGUUGUAGAGACCUCCAGUAAACUGGAGGAUCUACCGAAAGAUGUCGAAAAACCCGCCACACCAAUCCCAGACUCGAAUGAGCAAAGUGACGAAUUAGUAGCCGACUUUGUAACCCACUUCGAAGAAAACACCGACGAGUUCAAGGCUCGUCUGCAGCUGAUCAAUCAACUGAUAGAGGAACGCAAGAACUUGCUCGACAGCAUGAGCGCAGAUGGAUCACAGGACGAGGCAGUGGAUAUACGUGCUCUGCGAAGGAGCAUAUCCAAGCGGAGACGGAGCAGUGUGCAGGAGCAGCAGCAGCAGCAGCAGCCAGUGGUGCGAGAGACGACACCGGCGAGGCUUUGUAGUCCCAGCAGCAGCACCUCCGGCAGUCCGGCAAAGAGGCUGCGACGCGAUGAACCCAAGUCAUCGCCCACGCCAUCGGACGCCAGUAUAAACUCCAAGGAGAACGAGGCUUUGGAGAAGCAGGAGCAUGACGCUCUGUCCGCCAGGCGACUCAGCAAGAAGCUCUGCCAACAGCAGCGGUACACCAACGAUGAUCUCUACAAGCCCCGUCCAAUCCUGUCGCAGCGCUCUCGUCGCCGGGGCCUGGAUUCAAUCCUCUAGCUAACGAAUCAACUGUUAUCGGAAACAAUAAAAGGCAAUUGUUGUUAAUGCAUUUGACAUAAAA